AGAGAGAAGCCCUGCUUCAUGGCUUAGAGAAUGAGCUCUGCCUCUCAGCUGCAGACCGAGAGAAGGGGGGAGAGAGGGAGAAGGAAGGAAUAAAGAGAAGAGGAGAAAGGCAGCGACACACUUGCAUCUGUUGUGGCAGCGUCCUGCAACCGAGAAGCAAAUGAGAGAGUGAGAGAGAGGCAGAGAGAGCAUGUCAGAGUGAAAGAGAGAAAGAGAGGAGAUGUCAGGCAGCCGUGUCCUUGAGAACUGCACCACAACUCUUUGAAGAGAGCCGGGAGACGUAUCUGAGGACUGAGCACACCUUACAGCAGUUACCUGAGUAGAAGAAUAUCAGGAGGUUGACAUGACAAUGACCCGGUAUCGCCGAUGGAUUUGGUAGGACACCCGUUAUCCGAGUGUUUUUUAAUGCACUCUGAACAAGAAAUGAACUUAUCGAAGGGGCCAUUGGUGAACAGCAGCAGUGAAGAUAACUCCAAGUCGACCUUUGGUAAAUGCGGCGCUGGCGCCUGGAGGAUGCACCAGAGCUACGAUCCACUGGAGGCCAACCACAUGAGAGACGCACAUGCCCUCUACAACCCCAGGCUUCUCUGCAGAAUGUCCAGUAAGGAGCGCCACCUUGAGUCCAACUGUCCGUCCUCUUAUAUAAAGACUGAGCCGUCUAGUCCUGCCUCCCUGACUGACAGUCUAAACCAUCACUCCCCCGGUGGCUCCAGUGACGCCUCAGGCUCAUAUUCGUCCACGAUGAACGGCCACCCCAACGGCUUAGACUCCCCGAGCCUUUACGGCUCCAACGCAGGGCCCCUGGGUCCUGCUGGCGGCCCUGGAUCGAAGCGUUACGAUGACUGUUCGUCAACUAUUGGGGAAGAGUCACAGAUUAAGUGCGAGUACAUGCUGAAUUCGAUGCCCAAGAGGCUGUGUCUGGUGUGCGGGGACAUUGCGUCAGGGUACCACUAUGGAGUGGCAUCCUGUGAGGCCUGCAAGGCCUUCUUCAAACGCACCAUUCAAGGCAACAUUGAGUACAGCUGUCCAGCCACCAACGAAUGUGAGAUCACCAAGAGGAGACGCAAGUCGUGCCAGGCCUGCCGCUUCAUGAAGUGUCUGACUGUGGGCAUGCUGAGGGAGGGUGUUCGUCUGGACAGGGUUCGUGGUGGGAGACAGAAGUAUAAACGCCGGAUAGAUGCGGACAACAGCCCAUACCUGAACCCACAGCUGGCUCUACCCCCCAAGAAGCCAUUUGCCUUUGGCUGCCUUGCAGAUAAUAAAAUCGUCUCUCACCUGUUGGUGGCCGAGCCAGAGAAGAUUUACGCCAUGCCUGAUCCAACAGUACCAGACAGCGACAUCAAGGCCCUGACUACGCUUUGUGACCUGGCGGACAGAGAGCUGGUGGUCAACAUCGGCUGGGCCAAACAUAUCCCAGGUUUCUCCACGCUGUCUUUGGCAGACCAGAUGAGUCUACUGCAGAGUGCAUGGAUGGAGAUCUUGAUCCUGCGUGUUGUGUAUCGCUCACUGUCCUUUGAGGACAAGUUGGUGUAUGCUGAGGACUACAUAAUGGACGAGGACCAGUCAAAGCUAGCUGGACUUCUGGACCUGAACAACGCCAUCCUUCAGCUGGUCAAGAAAUACAAAUCUAUGAAGCUAGAGAAGGAGGAGUUUGUCACUCUCAAGGCCAUUGCUUUGGCUAACUCAGACUCCAUGCACAUUGAAGAUGUGGAUGCAGUGCAGAAGCUCCAGGAUGUGCUCCAUGAGGCCCUGCAGGACUAUGAGGCUUCCCAGCACCAGGAGGAUCCCCGCCGGGCGGGCAAGCUGCUCAUGACCCUCCCCCUGCUCCGCCAGACCUCCACCAAGGCUGUGCAGCACUUCUACAGCAUCAAGCAGGAUGGAAAAGUCCCAAUGCACAAACUCUUCCUGGAGCUGCUGGAAGCCAAGGUCUGAGGACAGGAGAGUAGAUGGAGGACAGCCAGACACCAGUCUGAACCACCUGAGCUUCACCUCAAAUUCAACACAGCAACUUUGAAUGACCUCUUGCUCUUUUACACGCACACACUCUUACCCACACGCACACCCUCACAGAAAUAUGUUCCUGAAGUAUGUCUGCUGACGCAUCCCCCUUUGAAUAAACAAGUAAUCUAAACCUCUUACCUGAACCCCUAAAACUUCACCGUCUUUGAGAAAAGGGCGCUCACUUGACCUUCUGUUUUGGGGACAAUGCUGAUGGACUGACAUGGCCCCCUAUUACCAAGGGAAGAUGAUAUUUCCUUUUAAAACUAUGAACAAUCACAUAACAGUUUCCACGGUGACUCCGAACACUGAUGUUGGCAAAACAGUCACUUAUGCAUUUAAUAACAAUUAAGAUGUUAUUAAUGACAAACACUUAAAUGAGGACACAUUUAAAAGAAACUGAAAACUCUUCAUUUUAGUUCUGAGACUCUAAGACUGCAAUCGUGUCUCCUUUUCCCCUCCCUAUUUCCCCCAACAGAGUUUUUUAAGUGUUCAAGAAGAAAACGAGUGGGAAAAAAAUGAACACGAAAGUAUUAACGUUAUUAACGUUUGUUGUCAAAUUAUGUGUACAAUGAAAUUUGGAUGGAUGGACAGAAAGAAAAGAAGAGGAGAUUUGCCCUGCCAAAGAAUGGAGCUCAUCCAUUCAGAGGAUGCCAGCAAACUUUAUUGUCAUAACCCCAAAUUGUUUCUGGAUUGAUCUACCAGUGGAUUUCAGUCCUGGGCUUAAGAGCACUGCUGGUUUUCUGCCCCACCAGUUAUUUAAAAUUGUUGUGGUUAAAAUAAAACCAGCAGACUUUCAAGGAUCAGGAUUGUAAACCAUAGCUGUAAACACUCUCUGGUUCUCCCUAAAUUCAGUUCCUGAUUUCCCAUGAAUCCCUUACUUCAACUACAACUUUACCAUUUGUUGUAUUUGUUGAGGACCAGGGACCCUGGCCUCCCAAACCUGUCAGUAUUACCACAGUAUCAGCAUUUGUACACAUGGCUGAAAAUGGUUUCAAAUAUUCUAACCACUUGAGGAAUGAUUAACUGAUAGAGUUUAUCAGUAAAAAUAUUACUUACAAAUAACAGAACAAGACUUGAUCUAUACUCUAUACAAGAAUGGAUUCCUGCGUGGCUAAGUGGUAGAUGUAGGCUCAGUUCACAUGCUCUGUGAUGCUAUAUAUUCUGUCAAACACUCCUCUUGUGUUUGGACAUCUGUUUGGGACAUUUUCAGCUGCUCAGUGGCCCAGGUUUGCGGCUCUCCACAUACCAGUUAGUAGAGAUUUCAUUCUGUCAAUGAGAAUAGUGCCAUUAAGAAUAGUCCAGCCCAUGCUUAUUACCCAAACUCCAAAAACUUAAAAAUGUCACUUCCUCUCCUUGCUCUUUUGCAUUCACAACUUCCAGCUCAUCUCUUUUGUCAGUAGAGAGAUAUUUUUGUGAUUCAUUCAGCGAGUGAUGAGGGAGCUUCAGUCACUCAACGCAAUACAAACCAGAAGGAAAGGUGUGCUGACAAAACUGACUGAAAAAUAACUAUUGUUGCUUUCAAACUCCUUAUUUUUUUUCUUAAUUUAUAUCUUGAAAAUAAUCUUAGCGAUGAUACCAAUAUUAGGAUUGUAAAUAAUUGUCAUCCUGUAUAUGACAUAUACCACGGCUUUGUUUUUGUUAUUGAUAUUGUCUUCUUAAAAUUGAAUCAAUCAAUAUGUCUUUCCUUUUUUCAGCUUGACCACUGUCAGCAAUUAUCAUAUAUAUAUAAAUAUAACAAGUAAUAAUGUAUUAACAAAUCAGCGUUUAUCUUAGAAACUCUGAGCAAUAGUGGUUUUUAAAGGAGGGGUUUGUGCAUAUGGACUAAGUCUGCAAUAUUAACAUAACGUGCCAGUCUUAAAUUUGGGAGAGAGAGGAUGGGGAUUUGAGGAGAGUUUGUAGCUUCUCUUUCUCUCUGUGUAACUUGCCAUAAGCUAUUAGAUAACAGUCAAUAUUUCCUUUGUUAAUAACAGUUAGGCAGGAACAAAUAUGGACCAGGAAUGUCAGUAUGAGAUUUUAAUGCUGCUGUCACAUUAAUGCUGUGUGAAUAAUGGUCAGUACGAGGAUUAAAGAGGUCAAAUAAGCAGCUAAAAACUAAAAUAUACAACACCCAGUUUGCAGUUAUCACAUGGUUCUGAUGUUUGCACCUUUUUUGUGACAAGGCACUUUUUGCUGUCAUGUUUAAUCUGAUUAAAACAAAACAGCUAUUCAAAGUCAACGGUUUAGUAAUACACAAUUUUUGUCCAUUUUCAUUUUUUAGUCGUGUGACCGAGUGUGGGGACCAUCAGAAUAACCAGACAAAAUCUAGAUUUGUACUGAGGGAAAUAGUGCUAGCAAAAACCAAACAUUAUCCAAAUUUUAAAAAAAUAAAUGAAUAAUUAAAAAAAGACAUGACACUGACAGUUUCUUGUUAGCUUGCUAUUCAACUUUGUUGUUUGACAUUUUGUUUUAAAGUUACAGAGAAAAUAAGGUGUUGUCAUGGUAAACAUCAUUAAUCUUGUACCAAAAACUAUCUCAACAAAUAUAAUUCAUAAAAAGAGGCCUACAGACUAAAUUGCAUUAGGAAAUUCAUCACAAUUUAAAUUAGCUCGAUAGCCUCUGUUUAAAGUAAACAAAUGAGAGCUAGCAAAAAAAAAAAUUUUAAAACAUGACUGAUUAUUUCAGCGAAACUGACUCAAAAUGGAGAAAAUAUUAUAACAGACAUCAACAAAACUGUUGUCUGUCAAAUUCAAAUGUCUAAUAACAGGAAAUGAAAAGCGAAAGCUAACCGCAAAUUGUCAUACAUUUAUAGUCAAGUAAAGAAGCAUUGGUUUCAUUGUUAUAGCAAGAAUGCAUAUGGUAGACUGAUCACAGCUUUAACAGUUGAAGACAGUCAGCUUUUGUUAUAUCAUUAUUUAUGUAAUUUCUAAAGCUGAAUAAGAAUGCCAAAACAUGUCAUUUAGAUGAUGGUGUAAUCUAAUAUUAAAUGGCAACUUAUCACAGCUGAGAAGUGCUGCAGUUUAAGUGUAGUUGAUCUCUAACAUCACACGCUCUGUAUCAAACAUCAGCAUUAUUAGUAAGGGGUAUUUUCUCAGCCUUCUUAAACAUUGUAUAUUGUAAAUUAUACAGAUUAUAAUUCUAACAUAAGACAUUUUAUUGGAAACAAAAUUGAGAAAAAAAGAAAAAAAAUGUAGUUCAGCCUCGAUGUGUGUUUCAUGUUUGCUGUUUUUUCUAUUGAGAAAAAAAACUUGUUUAUUUUUUUUGGUUUCUUUUUUUGUUUCUUUUUUGUUUUAUCUGUUUUUGUUUUAAAGUCCUCUUUCUGUUUGAUCCCUUCCUCCUCUGUUGAGUCCUCUACGGCGAUGCUGUGUGCUUUUUCUUGUGGUGAUUCCCGUUCUUGUGCCGUGUGCUUCUUCUUUAGACAACACAGAGUAGACUAGAGGCAAUGUUGUCUGUCAGUCGGAUCAGUCCGCUGGGGGUCUGGGUACCGGAUUCUCUCACAAUGAACCGAACCAGAUAUAAGGCUUUUCUUCUAGAAACUUAACUAGACCACCAGGAUCAAAUUACACUAUUCAUCUUCACCAAACUAUACAUAAAUUAUUAAAUAUUUAGUAUCUAAAUGAGGAAACACCUUACGAAUAUUUAAAAAGGGAUCAUUUGUGUAACUUUCCUGUAGAGUAAAACAAUAUACUGUAUAUCUUUAGGUUUAAAUAAAGAUGAAAUGAAAAGGACAUUUGAGUAAUACAGAACUGUAGGUGACUCUUUUUUGAUAAACUCGCUGUACAUAACUGCCUUCCAUACAGCUCGUCUCAACCAUUAUCUUUACUGUUUCAGCAGGCAAAAGGAGAAAAUACGAAGAUGAUAAACUUUUUUUUCCCGAAAAUAUUUCCAUUGUUUCCUACUUUUCAGCUUAUUUCCAGGUCUAUAUCUUGCUUUAAAAUGUGACUCUGUCAGCUGAAGGACAGAACAAGCUUUGGUUUGGGUUGCAAUGUUAAAGAAAAAGCUUGACAUGUUUAAUUUGCCCUUGCUGUUUCUCUUCACAAUAGAUUCAUUACACUGUGGGGACAUGUUUCUGCACUCUACUGGAAUUAAACCACAAAAUCCAGAUUUAAACUCAAAUUUCCAACAACCUUUAAUAAACAAGUUAUUAUACUCAUUGUACCUCUUGAUACAAGUGUAUAGAUUCAUAUUCUGCACUACAAAUAGCAUAAAUUCAAAGGCCUAAAACAUGAACAUAUAAUGUUUUUAGAGAGGAAAUAUGCAGAGAACAGAUUUCACAUCUGCACACAAGAUAUUUGUAGGCGAAGUCCCUGAUGACAGAGUUGAAUUUCAUAUUUUGAUUGUAACUUAAAACACUGUCUCAUUGUCAGAAAGAUGGUAUUUCUUACCAUCAACUGUACAUUAAUCUACAUACAGUUUAUGGAAGAAAGGUGCUCUUGUCUUACUAUUGUUUCCUUCUGUUACUGUUUUUAUUUAUUUGUCAGUUGUCAAACCAAUCCUGUGCACUCCUGAACAAUUCAAUACAAUGAAAGAUAUUACAAAUCUCCCUGAAGUGAUUAAGGAUGAGCUGGAUUUGGUUUUAAAACGUAAAGAAGCUACAUUUCUGAUAUUAGGAAAUAUUGAUAUCUUUUCAAAAUUAACUGUGAAUCAAAUUUUUAUCAGUGUCAAUCGAAUAAAGUUUUGCAGGUUGGGUCCUGCCAAAAUGCUGCCAUUUGAACGCUGAAUAUCAGCAGGAAUGCAGUUAUUUCAGAUGACUAAAAAAAGAAAAAGAUCUACCAGCUAAAAUCAGAAGGGAGACUGUGUGUUUCUUUCAGAGGUUUUGACAUAACUUGCUGCUUAUAGCCAAGAUAUUAUUUAGAUGUGCAGGGGGAGAUGAUUUUCCUCUUUUUUUUUUCCUUGUUGAUAAGCAAUAUUUUGAUGACUGUACAAUGAUGAGGCAAGAGUUGCACUUGUUUGUGUUGGGUUAAAGAUCCAAAUGCUGAUGUAUCUAUUGAAAUUAUUCUGCUGUUAGUGUUAAAACCAUAAAAAUAACAACAAACCAAACUGGUAUUUUCUAUGAGGAGCAGUGGAAGGACUGUGUGGGUUUUUGCAGAGCCAUUGAUAGAAAGAGUUUGACCUGGUUGCACUUUGGGCACUGUGUUAUCGCCCUCAUCUGGAACUUAGAUCCAUUAGCUGCAAAUACUUAGAACAGGGUUAGGGUUAGGGGACGAGUUUUUAGCCAUAUAGCGAUAAAGCAGGAUUGUCCAUCUUCCAUGGCUGCCCCUGAAAACUGCUAAGGCCAAACUGUGUCUAUCUACAACUCUACGGUGUUUAGUCAUUUAGUUGUAUUUAAUCCCCAAAUGUAACUGCCACUUGUUCUGCAGCUAACCCUGCAGUCUGAAUUUGCAAAUAUGAAGAAAAAUAUUUUAGGGAGAGAGAAAGUUGACACGUUUGGAUAAAAAGGAUAUCUAAGGAUAAAACAGACCAUUGAGUAGUGGAAAAGAGUUGUGGAUGAGAGAAGACCCUGUAGUGUUAUUAAAAACAUGUCCGUAGAUUUUAGAUGUGCUUCACAUCAGUAAAUAAAAAAAAAUAAAAAAAAGAUAAACAAUUACCUGUAUAUUUUUGUGACGUGUAUCAUACAAGUGUGCUCCAACAAUAAUGUCCAUUCGUGUAAAUGUAUUUAUUUCACAUUGUAUAUAUUGUUCAAUGCAAAAAGAGAGACCUAUGAUUCUGUAACUUAAACUACUAUGGGUUGAAACAUUACAUGUGUUACUCCAGACUAUGCCUUUCAGGAUUAUUACAGUAGAGCAAUAUCAAUUAAAACCAGGCUUCCAGUUUUGAAA